AUGGGAUCAUUGGAAGAAAUCAUUAAAGAAAGAGAACGAUACAAAGAACUUAGUUUCCAAUACAAGAAGAAAAUUGCUCAAUUAAAUUCAUUAAUUAAACAACUUGAAGACCAAAUACAAAUUGUUCAAGAAAAAACAAGAGAACGAAUGACACAACUAAAGGCUAAUGAAAGUAGAAUAUUUGAGGCAGAAAGAAAAGAAGAACAAAGUGAUGAUAUUACUAUUUUAAAAGAAGAAUUAAAUGUGUUAUGUAAACAAACAAAUAGUUAUGUUUCUCUUUAUCAAAAGAAGAAAGAAAACUAUGAAAAAGGAUUAAAAAUUGUGAAAGAAGCAUUUGAAGAAAGACUAAAAGAAAUUUAUACUAUUGGAGAUGACAUAGAUAAACGUAUUAAACGAUCAAAGA